AAUCCCGGGUUUACCCACAGUGCAACACCACACUUCCUUUCUUCUCAGCGGCGUGUUAGUCAAAAUGUCGCUAUUAGAUGGUCCGUUAAACGUGCUCGGCCAGAGAACGACUGGCGAGUCUGUUCGCACUCAAAAUGUCAUGGCUGCAUCCGCCAUCGCCAACAUCGUCAAGAGCUCCCUGGGACCGGUGGGGCUCGACAAGAUGUUGGUGGACGACAUUGGGGAUGUGACCAUCACCAACGACGGGGCCACAAUCCUGAAGCUCCUGGAAGUGGAGCACCCGGCAGCCAAGGUCCUGUGUGAGCUGGCUGAGCUGCAGGAUAAGGAGGUCGGGGAUGGGACCACCUCUGUGGUGAUCAUGGCAGCAGAAUUGCUUAAAAGCGCAGACGAGUUGGUGAAGCAGAAGAUCCACCCCACGUCAGUCAUCAGUGGAUACCGUUUAGCCUGCAAAGAGGCUGUGCGCUACAUUAAUGAGAACCUUACCAUCGGAACAGAAGACCUUGGAAGGGAGUGCCUUAUUAACGCCGCCAAGACCUCAAUGUCCUCCAAGAUCAUCGGAGUUGAUUCAGAGUUCUUUGCCAACAUGGUAGUGGAUGCUACGUUGGCUGUGAAGUUUGUGGACAACAAGGGAGUGGCCAGAUAUCCCAUCAACUCAGUGAAUGUGCUGAAGGCCCAUGGCCGCAGCCAGAAGGAGAGUUUCCUGGUCAACGGGUAUGCAGUGAAUUGCACCGUGGGAUCACAAUGCAUGGUGAAGCGUGUGACCAAUGCCAAGAUCGCCUGCCUGGACUUCAGCCUUCAGAAGACAAAGAUGAAGAUGGGCGUCCAAGUCAUCAUCAAUGACCCAGAGAAGCUCGACCAGAUCAGACAGAGGGAGUCCGAUAUCACAAAGGAGAGGAUCCAGAUGAUCCUGGCGUCCGGCGCCAACGUCAUCCUGACCACCGGGGGCAUUGAUGACAUGUGCCUCAAGUACUUUGUUGAUGUCGGAGCGAUGGCCGUCAGGAGGGUGCUCAAGAGGGACCUCAAACGCAUCGCCAAGGCAACCGGAGCGACCAUCUGCCCGUCCCUGACCAACCUUGAGGGAGAGGAGACCUUUGAGCCCACCAUGCUGGGGCAGGCUGAGGAGGUGGUGCAGGAGCGGCUCUGUGAUGAUGAGCUCAUCCUCAUUAAGAACACCAAAGCGCGUACGUGUGCUUCAAUCAUUCUGCGCGGGGCCAACGACUUCAUGUGUGACGAGAUGGAGCGCUCCCUGCAUGACGCCCUGUGUGUGGUCAAGAGGGUCCUAGAGUCCAAGUCUGUGGUGCCAGGAGGAGGUGCUGUGGAGGCAGCACUGUCCAUCUACCUGGAGAACUAUGCCACUAGCAUGGGUUCCCGGGAGCAGUUGGCCAUUGCAGAGUUUGCCCGCUCCCUCCUGGUCAUCCCCAAAACCCUUGCUGUGAAUGCAGCACAGGACUCCACCGACUUGGUGGCCAAGCUUCGUGCUUUCCACAACGAAGCACAAAUCAACCCUGAACGCAAGAACCUCAAAUGGAUCGGUCUGGACCUGGUCAACGGCAAGCCCAGAGACAACCGCCAGGCCGGUGUGUACGAGCCUACCAUGGUGAAGACCAAGAGCCUGAAGUUCGCCACUGAGGCCGCCAUCACCAUCCUGCGUAUCGACGACCUCAUCAAGCUCUUCCCCGAACAGAAGGAAGGCGGGCCCUCAUACAGUGACGCCGUGGCGUCCGGGUCCCUGGAGGGUUAGAGGGGCCCCCUGACGGCCACACAUCCCCGUGUGUUGUACGUGUAUUUAUACGUAAGGAGCUUUAUACGUUCCUGUUGUGGUUAGCGUAGGCCUGCACUUUGCUCGUUUGUCCUUCACUCCUGCAUUCAUGUCGCUGCCUGUUACUGUGGGGAUUGUAACAGAUUUGUUUUGAACACUUGGAAAUAAACCCUCAAUGGUUGUAGACUGUUGAUUUGUUAACUCAAUUUGUUGGGUCUGC